CGCCGCGCUACAGAGUAUCCAAUCAGCUUUUUAAAUAAAAAACAUCGCGAGUCUUUGGUGGGACUCUGCUCUAUAAGCCCCUGGAAAAGAGCCUUGGAAAUCCCUUUUACGAAGAUGGCGCCGAAGGCUAAGAAGGAAGCCCCUGCCCCUCCCAAAGCCGAAGCCAAAGCAAAGGCUUUGAAGGCCAAGAAAGCAGUGCUGAAAGGCGUCCACAGUCACAAAAAAAAGAAAAUCCGCACGUCACCUACGUUCCGACGACCCAAGACACUGCGUCUGCGGAGGCAGCCCAAAUAUCCUCGAAAGAGCGCCCCCAGGAGAAACAAGCUUGAUCACUAUGCCAUCAUCAAGUUCCCCCUGACCACUGAGUCAGCCAUGAAAAAAAUAGAAGACAACAACACACUUGUGUUCAUUGUGGAUGUCAAGGCCAAUAAGCACCAGAUCAAACAGGCUGUGAAGAAGCUCUACGACAUUGACGUGGCCAAGGUCAACACCUUGAUCAGGCCUGAUGGAGAGAAGAAGGCAUAUGUUCGACUGGCUCCUGACUAUGAUGCUUUGGAUGUUGCCAACAAAGUAAGCUUCCUUUGCUAUCAACUCAUCUACCACCUGGGUCCAAGUGAUGUGUCUGCUAGUAACCAAAACCUGACCUUAAUAGGCUCACCCUCUAUCCUUAAUAGGCUUUACCCUCACCUCAUUUUGCUUUUUAACCAUGACGUUUCAGCUCCCAGUAACAAAGCUCCCCUUUUGUUUUUCAGAUUGGAAUCAUCUAAACUGAGUCCAGCUGGCUAAAUCUAAAUUAAAUUU